AUGAGGCUAUUGGGAACGCUCGCGACGUCUUGGACGCUCGUGCUAUCCCAUACUCAGGCACACCCUGGCUCCCAUAAGGCUCAUAACGAUAACAUCACGGUGACUUGGUCGACCGACCCACAGGUCGCUUGCCAGGUUGCACAUGGUUCCAACACCGUCUACAACUCUGCGAUUAUGGUUGGAGACACCAAUGUGACCACGCGACCACUACAGCUGUCGGAACUACAUUCGAAAGAGUCAAAUAUCACCGUUGAAACCAAACGCAUCAGCGCCAAUGUCAUCCGGGUACAGGUGGAAGCAAGAUCCGGGUACAUUGGAGCAGAAUUCACACUCACAUCCGGGAGCCACACGUACGGCGUAUGGAGCUACCCCUGGAACUCAUCGUUGAGCAAUGAGGGUGUUCAGUUUCCGCUCGCUGGCAUUGGCUUCAUCGAAGGCAUCAACUGGUGCAAUGCAAGAGCGCCCUUUUUCAUGACCAGCGACGGUUACGCAGUGUACAUCGACACACUGUCUAUGGGAUACUUCGACUUCAGCCGUCCAGAUAUAGCUAGUUUCGUGUUCAGCACUCGGUCCUUGACAUAUUACAUCAUACUGCCUGCGGAAGAGCACGACUACAAGUCGAUACUGAAGACUUACGCGGGCCUGAGCAAUACUGCAGAGCUACCUCCAGAUUCAGCCUAUGGUCCGGUCUUCUGGUCCGACGACUUCGAGCAGGACUUUCAUCCGGGUGUCACAAACGCCCAAGAGAACUAUUUCGAUGUCAUCGACCACCUUCAAGCGCUGCAGAUUCACGCCAGUGGCACUUUCGCAGACCGUCCAUACGGCACUGGGAACAUGAGUUUUGGGAACUUCGACUUCGAUCCGGUCUACUAUCCAAGCCCGAAGGACUUUAUUGCGAAUUUGACUUCUUCUGGCUUUGACUUCCAGGUAUGGGUAGCCAAUAGGGCUUUCGUGGACACCAGGCUUUACAAUGCUUCCAUAGCAAAUGGAUGGCUCUUUCCUUCCAUCAAUCCGAACGACAUUGCGGGCGUGGCUCUCAAUCUGAGCAUCCCAGAAGCGUAUGCAUACUUCAAGGAUCAGCUGUCUGUCUUUCCUGCACUUGGUGUCAAGGGGUUCAAGAUUGAUCGUGGCGAAGAGGGAGAAAUGCCAGAGCAUGAGCAGAAUCUCCAGAUGACAUUGUUCGAGAAACUCUGCCACGAGGUCAUGGAAGACCACUGGGGCAAUGACUACUACAACUUCGCGAGAAGCAUCGUCGAUCGUGCUCGGUCCACCACAGGUGUGUGGAAUGGUGACGCUCAUUCCAACUACACCGGGCUGGCUUACAGCGUCACAAGCGGUAUUCGAGCUGGACUACUGGGCUUCUCAAACUGGGGCUCCGACACUGGUGGCUACGUCCGAGAUUCUGGCGAUCCGGACGAGGAGCUCUGGGCACGGUGGAUGUGGUUCAGCGCUUUCUCGCCGGUAUACGAGAUUAUGGUCGGCACUGGUGCUACUCCGUGGUACCCACCAUACAGUCAACAGCUUGUGAACGUUUUGAAGAUGACCACGGAUCUCCAUCAUGAGUUGCUCCCCUACAUCAGAUCUUACGCCCACCAAGCUCACGUCAGCGGCUUGCCAAUCAUCCGCGCUGCAUUCCUCGAAUCGCCACAGGAUCUGCGGACGUAUAACUUGACCGACGAGUACUUCUUUGGCGAAGAAUUGCUGAUUGCUCCAAUUGUGACAAAGGGCGGUCACAGGUCAGUAUACUUUCCCAAGGGGUACACUUACGUCGACUAUUUCGAUCGAAGGAGCCGAUACGUUGGCGGAAGCACUGCUGAGCUGUCCAAGGAACUCUCCACGAUUCCCGCUUUUGUGCGUGCAGGCGCCAUCAUACCGCGUGGCGAUGUCGUACGAGCGAAUAAUGGGUGGACCACGGACUGGCGUCCGACUUUGACGAUCGAGCUGUAUCCCUCUGCAAGCGUGCGGGAGUCCUCGUUCUCGUACUAUAAUCCAGCUGAGAACGCCAGCGUUGUGAUUGACAUGGACUAUGACACGCAGUCUGGAUGCGUCACGGUGAAGUAUGGGUGCCUUAGACAUGAUGGCAGUCUGGUAGUGGUCGGUAAAGAUGAGAAUCAUGAGGCUACUAUAAGCCCGGCAGGUGGGGAGGCAAUUUUCUGUAAUGUGGUGAGCCUGUUUGACGAUUGA